GCACGCUACCCAGCUAGCUGCACCGCCGCUGGCUUGUUGUUUUGCGGUGGCACGGUGCCAUGACAACCGUGUGUCAGAGCGACGUCUGUUAGCCUGUGUCUGUUAGCUUCCUUAGCAUCGGUUAGGAGUAUUUUAUUAAUUACUGAUAGUACGUUUAUUUAAAAUAUUGCUUGCCACACAUUUAGCUAAUGCUGCGUAGUGAUGACAUUUUUUGCAGAUGAAAGUCAAUUAAACCCGUUGUAGUAAUUAUUAACUGGCUAGACCUGUCUAGCUACAUGCAUAUAACUAUAUCCAGUAACUGUCCUGUGGUUUGUUGUCUGUAUAUGGUGCAAAAAUCUUUUAAGACAGAAAAAUAGUUAUCGGCGUGCAAAUAAAUAUGAAAGCCAGUAUCAUUUGCUUUUUUGGUCUGCUUAGCCCACCUGGUAUGCGAAGGGCAUUUUUAUUACUACAAUAACGCGUGAGUUGAUAGUAAAAUCACACAUCUGUCUUUUAUUUUAAUAUAUAAUAUCAUAUAGCCUAUAUAUGUAUGUAUGUUUUUUUACUAAUGUUGUGUAAUCCGUUAGCUGUCAUUUUGCAGCCGGACGAGGUGCUUCAGGUUUAUUUCUACCAUGACACUAACGAGCUUCAUUAGCAGAUGGAAGCUAUUAAACUGCAUAGAUCUCCAAAUAAACACCAAUCACGUAAAAACCGUGAUUUGGUUAGUUGGUAAUUUUACAAAUUAUUUAUACUCUCGGAGGUGUUUAUUUGUUAAACUAUGAUGCGGCUUCGCCCCUUCAACCCGGUUGCGUUAAUCGGAGGGUCUUCAGCAAACGUGGGUUGUUUAAAUUUUAACUCGACAAAAAGGGGGCAAUACUUCGGGAUCCUUUACCUAUGCGGCUAUAUAGUUAUCUGAACUAGUUCAAUGAAGGGGGAUAAAACCAUUUGUGUAAAUAGAUCGAUUUGUCGCUUUAGAGAAAAGCAUGCCAUCUUUCUGCUGUUGGUGAUUCUGGCAUGGUAAUUGCAGUACCGUGAGUCGCAUACUACAAGAAUAAGGAAUGGAUAACUGUGAGGGGAUUGGAUCUGCAGACUGAUAGGCAGAAAUAAAGAUGCCUGUGCUGUAGGACACUACCAGGCAUUCCUUUCGAGAUGGACCAGGACUACGAGAGACGCCUCCUUCGGCAAAUCAAUCACCAGAACCUUCCAGAAAGCCAACUGGCCAAGCAGUCAGGCUGUGCGACUUCCAGCCCUGUCAGGGUCAAGUCAGGAGACCGGUUCAUCCCCACGCGAGCUGGUAGCAACUGGACUAUUAAUUUCCACUAUGCCAACGAGAACUGCAGGUCUCCAAAUCAGAACCACAGGGCGAAGGAAACGAACACCGAUACGGGCAGAGACACAGUGGCCUAUGUUGCCUUGUUGAGAAACGAGUUGCUCGGAGCAGCCAUCGAAACAGUUCCCGACCCACACACAGAUGACCGCAGACAUGCCCACUUAUCCCAGGACACGCACAGCCUGUUCAAGUACACGGUUGACCCCAAGAGAGUGCCUUUCGACAGCAGCAAUGAGGUGUCUCCCUACUCCCUUUCGCCACUGAGCAACAAGAGUCACAAACUCCUGCGCUCUCCGCGGAAGCCGGCCCGCAAGAUCUCCAAGAUCCCCUUCAAGGUCCUGGAUGCUCCGGAGCUGCAGGACGACUUCUACCUCAACCUGGUGGACUGGUCUGCGGGCAACUUGCUGAGUGUGGGCCUGGGGGCCUGCGUCUACCUGUGGAGUGCCUGCACCAGCCAGGUGACGAGGCUGUGCGACCUGUCCAUUGAUGGAGACUCCGUGACUUCGGUGUGUUGGAAUGAGAGGGGUAGUUUGGUUGCUGUAGGCACCCACAAAGGCUACGUUCAGAUCUGGGACGCAGCUGGAGGCAGGAAGCUCAGCAGCCUGGACGGGCAUUCUGCCAGAGUCGGUGCCCUGGCUUGGAACGGGGAUCAGCUGUCAUCAGGGAGUAGGGACCGCGUCAUCCUGCAGAGGGACGUGCGCACUCCCCCAUCCGCCGAGAGGCGGUUGCAGGGCCACCGGCAGGAAGUUUGUGGCCUCAAGUGGUCCCCUGACCACCAGCACCUUGCCUCGGGGGGAAACGAUAACAAGCUGUUGGUGUGGAACAGCUCCAGCCUGCUUCCUGUGCAGCAGUACAGUGACCACCUGGCUGCAGUGAAGGCCAUCGCCUGGUCACCACACCAGCACGGCCUCCUGGCCUCUGGGGGCGGCACGGCUGACCGCUGCCUUAGGUUUUGGAACACCCUGACCGGCCAGGCCCUGCAGAGUACUGAUACCGGCUCGCAGGUCUGCAACCUGGCAUGGUCCAAGCACGCCAAUGAGCUGGUCAGUACACAUGGAUACUCCCAAAACCAGAUCUUGGUGUGGAAAUACCCGUCCCUGACGCAGGUGGCCAAGCUAACUGGACACUCGUACAGGGUGCUUUACCUGGCCGUUUCCCCGGACGGCGAGGCCAUCGUGACGGGAGCUGGGGAUGAAACUCUUCGCUUCUGGAACGUCUUCAGUAAAACGCGAUGCACAAAGGAAUCCAAGUCCGUGUUGAACCUCUUCACAAGGAUACGGUAGCUCUGAAGGCGACUGGGAAUCUGAGCAGGCCACAGAUUGCAGAGAACUGAAACAAGGGAAGCGUUUUGACAGGACUGCCCUUAAACUACAACUCAUUGGUAUUCAAGGGACAGUGGACUGACGGAAGACUCUUCUCUCGCUAACUUUUACAGAUGUCUUUUCUACCAAUGACAAGCAGCCAACCUUUUUCCCCCACUCUAAACUAUAGAGUGUCUCAUCAUUAAACCCCUGGCAGCAAGGACUCUUUGUUCAUGUUAAGCUGUUUUUAUUUUUAUGUUGUGAAUAAUUGUAUGACACUUAAAAGAACAUUAAUCUGGGGAGAUCUGAUAUCCA